GGUGUCUCGAUUCACCUGAAAAGAAAUCAAGCGCUCGAACAGGUCACACCGUAUUCGGGCUACAACGCAAGGUCUAGUGUUUCAACGAAGUUAAAAAGCACUUCCAGUUAAAAUUGCAGUGCGUAUCGUUAAAACAAGUGAAUUGUUAAUUAAUCCUGAUCAAGAGGAAGUAACUGUGGCAAAAUGCAGCUGUUCAAGAGGAAAGCGUUCUACUUCGCAUUACUGCUAGUGGUACUAAGCUUGUGCUUGGAUGAAACUGAAGCCAGACGUAAGAUUCUUCGAGGACGCCGUACCAUCACUCGCACGCACAAACGUGGAACUGCAAUCCCCGCGUGGGCCAUCGUCACCCUGGUCGGAAUAGCUAACAUUUUACUCGGGGGCCUGGCGUACCUAGCGUUCCGAAAAUUGGUUCUACAAACACCGAUCGAGAACGUUAAUUCCUACACACCAGCGAUGAUGCAUGAUGACUCGUAACCGCAUCGUAACAUCUUCUUAGGUUAAGAUUUGCUUUAAGUAACGAUCAACAUCUCUUCUAAGGAAAACUCCACAGAUUUUUCAAUGACAGUUAUCCAAUUAGUUAUAUUACUUACCAUUUCAGUCAAUAAAUUCUAAAAGUACCGGUUUGCAAAGCAUCAUUGAACUAUUACUCAAGUCAGCAACGGUUGCCGUUUUCCAUGUGGCAUUAGUCAUAAAUCAUCCUCUUGUCAGAAACGAUUCCCUUGAUCAAAUCGAUCCAAUUUCAAGGGCGCGCAUCCAUCACCGAACGUCGAAGAAGUUUCAAUUGCCAUUUCACCGACAGGGCAGAUUAAAAAUGGAUAUGCUUCUCGUCAUUUAAAUCAAUUGAGCAAGCUAUACCCUCCAGCCGUCGGAGUCAAUAUGUUCCUUUGCGAUGCUUGUUUGACCAACAAAUUGCCAUAUACAAAAGAAAA